AUGGUUGGCUCAAAAGACCUGCAACCUUCAACAGUCUCUUUCGGAAAAGUCUUCUUCAACAACCAAUUUCGGGAAAAGCCACGAUGGCCUGCGCCAAACACAAGUCUCUCGGGUAAGACGGCCAUCAUCACUGGAGGCAACACUGGGCUUGGCUAUGAGGCCGCACUUCAGCUCCUCGGGCUCAAAUUAUCGAAACUGAUCCUUGCAGUACGUUCUCUCGAAAGAGGGGGAGUCGCUGCCGCCACUUUCCGCAAGUUGUACCCCAAAGCCACGAUCGAGGUCUGGCAAUUGAACAUGAGUUCGUAUCCAUCGAUACAGGCCUUUGCCAGCCGCGUCGAGACUCAGCUUUCGCGCAUCGACAUUGUUCUUCUCAACGCCGGGGGGGCGAGGCUCCAGUUCACUCCGAACGAAAGCACGGGUCACGAGGAGACGGUGCAGGUCAACUACCUCUCGACAGUACUGCUUGCCAUGCUUUUCCUCCCGAUCUUCGGGGCAAAGGGGAAAACGGGCAGCGAGCCAGCACGCUUGACGAUCGUCAGCGCUGCGGUGACUCUGGCUGCCAAGUUUCCCAAUAAGGAAGCAAAUCCUCUGCUGCCGUCUUUUGACGACCCUAAGAACUUUGACCGACAAGAGACCUACAACUCGUCCAAGUUGCUUGCACACAUGUGGCUCUGGAAGCUUGUGGAGUUCGUCUCUGCUGACGAUGUUAUCGUCAACCUCGCGGAUCCCGCCUGGUGCAGAGGCACGGAGCUUACUCGAGAUGUUAAGGGCCCAAUGAAGGCGGGGGUAAAACUUUUUGGAACGCUCGGUAGAACACCGAAGGCGGGCGCCUCGUGCUUUGUCGACGCUAUAGUGAAUCAUGGAAAAGAGUCACAUGGUUGCUUCCUCAUGAGUUGGCAGAUCCAUCCAUUCGCUGCCUUCUUGUAUACGCUUGAGGGCAAAGUGGUGACCGAGCGGGUCUGGGAGGAGACGCUGGCUGAGCUUGAUUUCGCGGGUGUUCGUACUAUUCUGGAAUCGAUGAGAGCAUGAUGGAGACUCGAUUUGGGGAGGUAUUCUUUUCAAUGUAUUCAAGAGGAUGUUUCCGCUGCGGUUUGAG